AUGACCAAUACAAAAACAGUUCUCUCCGUGGUAGCCUCUUUUGCUGCUUCAGCAAUGCUAAUUCCAUCCAUUCGUUCUCAAAUCCACAGUUACGUGUGCUCUAAUCUCCAUGGUCUUUCUCAUCAUUUCUCUUCUCAAAUCACUUUUGUUAUUGAAGAAUUCUACUUUCAAGAAUUGUUUAUGGCUGUUGAUACUUAUCUGGGUACGAAAUUGAUAGCUUCGGUUGGACAUCUAAAAGCAAGCAAGCAAGAGGGUGAGAAAAAACUAGCAAUCACCAUGGACAAAGAUGAAGAAACUUGUGAUGUUUUUGACGAUAUAGAAGUAAAGUGGAAAUUGAUUUUUAAAGAAUUACGAUGCUACCAGCUAACUUUUAACCAGAAGCACAAAGAGAAGGUGCUGAAUUCAUACCUGCCAUACAUUCUGCAGCAAGCAGAAGCCAUUAAAGAAGAAAAUGAGAUAAGAAAGAUCAACAUGCUUCAAGGUUUGACAUGGACUUCAUCAACAGAGUUUCAUCAUCCAAUGACCUUUUCCACCAUUGCAAUGGAUGCAGAGCUUAAGCAAGCAGUAUUGGAUGAUUUGAACACAUUCAUGAAUUCAAAAGAAUACUACAAAAGAAUUGGGAAAGCUUGGAAACGCACAUACCUGAUACAUGGUCCUCCAGGGACAGGCAAGUCCAGCUUGAUUGCUGCCAUAGCUAAUCACUUAAACUACAACAUAUACCAGGUAGAUCUAUCGUAUUUCCAGAAAGGUGACGAUAUAAGGGACUUAUUGCUUCACUAUAUCACCCGUUCCGUACUUGUCAUCAAGGAUAUUGAUUCUCCGAUCAAGCCAGGAUACCAAGAGACAGAAGCUGAACCUAGAAUUGAAGCUCAAAAACAAGCUCAACUCUUGAAGGUGCUAAGGCUUAUUGAUGGACUUUGGUUGCCUCGAGGCAAUGAAUUGAUCAUCAUUUUCACAACCAAUCACAGAGAAAGGAUCGCCCCAGAAUUAUUAAUUCCUGGUCGCAUUGAUAUGCAGAUUCCAAUGUCAUAUUGUACCAUUUCUACAUUUAAUGAAUUAGUCUACAUGUAUUAUAGUGUUAUCUUUUGCAAGCCUCCCAAAGAGAUUGAACAGCUAUUGGAGAAGGUCAAAGUCACACCUGCAGAAGUUGUAGAAGAGCUAACAAGGAGUUCUGACAAUACUGAUUUCUUAGUUCGCCUUACCAAGUUCCUUCAGGAGAAGCAACUGGAGAACUUAGCUGCAGAAAAUUGCAUGAAAAUUUAA